AUGAGGCUGACGUUCCUUCUUUCGGGUCGCUUUAUCCCCUAUAAACGUGUACCAGGUUCCUUGUGGGCCGGUAAGCAAAGGAAAAUACCCAGACUGACCGCCUCACGUAAGGCAGCCUUCAUGGAUGAGCUUCUCCUGGCCCAACAAAAUGAGCGCUACCUGUCAAAGCCCUUUAUCGGCCAAGAAGCAGAGGCUACAACUCUGCCUGCCGAACAGGCAAAAGAAUUGGCAAAGGAGAACGAGACAUUCUACAGGAUUUACGAGGCGAAAUUCCGGACCCGAUUCCCCAACCGUAGAUUGGAGCACUUCUGGUCCCAUCUUAACGUUACCAAAAAGUUCGAUAUUUGA